AUGACUUCCAAUUUGGAAACUCAAUUGGAUGAAAUGACAAAGAGAUUGGAAGUAUCUCAUAGAGAAAGAGAUAAAUUUGAGCGUGAGCUUGUCACAACAAAAUCUGAAUUAGCUGGAGUAAAACGCACACUCGAUUUAGAGCGUCAAGAGAGGAGAGAGUUAGAAACAAGAGCUUUAAAUUUGAUUAAAAGUGCAAAAAAGAAGUGGGAAAAUACAGAAAAGGAUAAAGUUACUCAACUCAAUAAUCAUAUUGAUUCUCAAACUAUGCGCAUAACUGAAUUGUGCACUAGUAACAAUGAGAUGAGUUCUAAAUUACAGAGAUUAGAAUGCGAACUCGAAACUGCUAAUGCCGAACUACACAAAUUAAGAGUAUUCCAGGUUCAAUACAAGGAAUCAUUAAAUAAAAUGCGAGAAUUAAGUCGCCAAAGUUCUGUAGGCGUGGAGAAUAAAUUAGAACAAAUAUCAACGAGAGCUCAUAACCAAAUAGCUGAACUUAGAUCCAAAUUGGAAUUAGAAACAGCUAAGAAUAUAGAUUUGGAUAAUAAGUUACGGAAUGAAGAGGAUUCUAAUCAUUGUCGACAAUCGAGAUUGAACGUAGCUCUGGAGUUGACGCAAAAUGAGUUGAAAGACUGCGAAGAGCAAUUACGUAGUUUAAAGGCUACAAUUCCAGCUCGAGAUGCCGAAAUAGAGACUUUAAAAAAUCAAUUACACGAAAAGGCUAAGCAUUUGGAGAAUGCGAAUAGCGCAGAACAACUGAUUGUUGCGUUACAAGAACAAAUUGACAGACUAAGAAUGGAAAAUGACCAAUUGAAGCAGCAAUUAGAAUCGACAAAAUCUGAUUUAAAUGAAACUAUGAUAAACUUAGAGGUAAAUGAGACUCUUGCUGCAAAUCUGGAGAGGGCUACACAAGAUAAAAUUGCCUUACAAAAUCAAUUAAAAAGCACUCUUCAAAAAGAAGGCCCGACGAUCGAGGAUACCGUAAAAAUAACUAGCCUCGAGCAGCAGAUCGAAAAUUUGGAACAGCAGCUGAAAGCGUGCAGAGAAAAUGCGGCGGCUGAUCGUCAAACCACCAAGCAAGCCCAAUUAAAUCUUUGGAAGAAGGAGAAGGAGUUGUCUGAUGCCAAUUUGGACAAGAGGAUAGCUACGAGAGAGGCCAAGACGGCCGAGGAGAAGUUAAAGAGUUUGCAGGAAGAGAAGCAAAAAAUGUCGGAGAGACUUAACGCAAAAAUCCGGGAGGAGGAGGAGAAGGCUAGAAAGUUGUUAAAGGAGCUCGAGGCUGCGAAAAAUUCAUUAUCGGAUGCCACGAAGGAAGUGACGAGGAACAAAUUACAGGCCAAUUCUGCUCAGAAGGCAUUGACUCAAGUCAACCAACAAAUAGAAGAAUUGCAGAGUUCGAGUGCGGCACUGCGCAGGGAGUUGGACUCUACUCGUAAGCAAUUGCGUAGUAGUCAGGAUCGCGUUGAUGCAUUGCAAAGCGAAAAGGAACGAAUUGCCGCGAGGCUGAGCAAAUUCAACGAGGAGAAAAAUGAGCUUGAAUCGAGGUAUGAGAAAAUUCCUAUCAAGUGA